AGAGCCCUUUUGGGGGACUCACUGGAUGGGAUGUUUGCUCAUUACAUAUUCCUUCCUUCAUUGCCUACACACAGCUCAGGACUCCUAUAAGGGCAGGAGAUCAACACGCUCUCUCCUCCUAGGAAGAACCCCUCUGGGGUCUCAGAGGAAAAAUGGAAGUGUUGGGGCUUCUCAAGUUCGAAGUCAGUGGUACCGUAGUGACUGUGACUCUGUCCGUGGUUCUCUUGGCCCUCCUGAAAUGGUACUCCACAUCAGCGUUCUCAAGACUGAAGAAGUUGGGCAUCAGACACCCUGAGCCUUCUCCUUUUGUUGGAAACUUGAUGUUUUUCCGCCAGGGCUUUUGGGAGAGCCAUUUGGAGCUCCGAGAGCGAUAUGGGCCCCUGUGUGGGUACUAUCUUGGCCGUCGGAUGUACAUUGUCAUUUCAGACCCAGACAUGAUCAAGGAGGUGUUGGUUGAGAACUUCAGUAACUUUUCCAACAGAAUGGCCUCAGGUCUGGAACCCAAGCUGAUAGCAGACAGUGUCCUGAUGUUACGUGACAGAAGAUGGGAGGAAGUCAGAGGUGCCCUGAUGUCUGCAUUCAGUCCUGAAAAAUUGAACGAGAUGACACCUCUCAUCAGCCAAGCCUGUAAACUUCUCCUGUCUCACUUAAAACACUCUGCGGCAUCCGGGGACGCAUUCGACAUCCAGAGGUGUUACUGCUGUUUUACCACAAAUGUGGUGGCCAGUGUGGCCUUUGGCAUCGAGGUGAAUUCCCAGGAUGCUCCAGAAGAUCCCUUUGUGCAACACUGCCAGCGUGUUUUUGCUUUCAGUAUCCCAAGGCCUCUCCUGGCUUUAAUUUUAUCAUUUCCAUCCAUAAUGGUCCCAUUGGCCCGGAUUCUGCCCAAUAAGAACCGAGAUGAACUGAAUGGCUUUUUUAACACACUCAUUAGGAAUGUGAUUGCCUUACGGGACAAGCAAACAGCAGAAGAGAGGCGGGGAGACUUCCUGCAGAUGGUGUUAGAUGCCCAGCGUUCCAUGAGCUCUGUGGGUGUGGAAGCCUUUGACAUGGUCACAGAAGCCCUGUCCUCUGCUGAGUGCAUGGGGGACCCACCCCAAAGGUGUCAUCCUACAUCCACAGCUAAGCCUUUAACUGUGGAUGAGAUUGCGGGCCAGGCCUUCCUCUUCCUCAUCGCUGGCCACGAGAUCACCACAAACACGCUCUCCUUCAUCACAUACCUGCUGGCCACCCACCCUGAGUGCCAGGAGAGGCUUCUGAAAGAGGUGGACCUCUUCAUGGAGAAGCAUCCAGCCCCUGAGUACUGCAACCUGCAGGAAGGUCUGCCCUAUCUGGACAUGGUGGUUGCAGAGACCCUGAGGAUGUACCCACCAGCUUUCAGGUUCACACGGGAGGCAGCACAGGACUGUGAGGUGCUGGGACAGCACAUCCCUGCAGGUUCUGUGCUGGAGAUUGCUGUGGGUGCCCUACACCACGACCCAGAGCACUGGCCGAACCCUGAGACCUUUGACCCUGAAAGGUUCACAGCAGAAGCCCGGCUUCAGCAGAAGCCAUUCACAUACCUGCCUUUUGGAGCUGGUCCCAGGAGCUGCCUUGGAGUACGGCUGGGGCUGCUGGUGGUCAAGCUGACACUGCUCCAGGUCCUACAUAAGUUCUGCUUUGAAGCCUGCCCUGAGACUCAGGUUCCACUUCAGCUAGAAUCCAAAUCUGCUCUAAGCCCCAAAAAUGGAGUCUACGUCAAGAUUGUGUCACGCUGACAUAGAAGGCAGGUGUGAAAGAGGAAGCACUUUGUAAUGGUGACGUCUGUGCAUCACUGUUAGGAGGGCGCCAUUUAUGUCACAGUUCUAAAUGUUGAAUAAAUGUUUGUCAUGCUUCGUUUUGACAUUA